GGAGCUUCACAUCCGGGAACCAGUGGUGACCUAUGACGUCACCCUGCAGGAUCGCAAACAUGGCGGAGCCCUCCCUCGGGAAUUCGAGCCCAGGAGGCUCAGCAGGUUCCGAUGACCAUGAUUUUGAUCCUUCAGCUGACAUGCUUGUUCACGACUUUGACGAUGAACGUACCCUGGAGGAGGAGGAAAUGCUAGAGGCGACAGAUGAGACCAAUUCCAACGAGAUUGAAGACCUAGCACGGGAGGGGGAGAUGCCCAUAGAUGAGCUGCUGAGUCUCUAUGGUUAUGGGAGUAGAUCACCUGCAGAGGAAGAGGAGGAGGAAGAUGAAGAACCAGAGGAAGAGGACGAGGAGGAAGAGGAUGAAGAAGAGGACCUUGAUCAUGAUGAAAGCAGUAGAAGCACCGGGGAGCUGAAGAAAAACGAGGGUGAAGAUUUCAAGACUUCGUCGGAGCCAGGCAGCGACUCUCAGACCACCUCUGAUGGCCGCACACGCUCAGUCCGAUCACUUGGCACAGCAGAACUUAUUCGCCCUCAGAAACUCAAGUACUUUGAAAGUAAUCAUGAUGUAGAAGAGGAGUCAGAAGAAGACGAGGACUAUGUUCCCUCUGAAGACUGGAAGAAGGAGAUCAUGGUGGGCUCUAUGUAUCAGGCAGAGACUCCUGCUGGCUUGUGUAAAUAUAAAGAAAACGAGAAAGUCUAUGAAAAUGACGACCAGCUGUUGUGGAACCCCGACUGUGUCCCUGAGGGAAAGGUAGUGGAGUUCUUGACGGAGGCGUCGAGGCGAACCGGAGAGGAGAAAGGAGUGGAUGCGAUCCCAGAAGGCUCUCAUAUCAAAGACAAUGAGCAGGCUCUGUAUGAACUGGUGAAAUGUGACUUUGACACGGAGGAAGCUCUGAGGAGACUGAGGUUCAACGUGAAAGCAGCUCGAGAGGAGAUUUCUGUUUGGACUGAAGAGGAAUGUAGAAACUUUGAAACAGGACUACGAGCUUAUGGGAAAGACUUUCAUUUAAUACAGGCCAACAAGGUGAGAACUAGGUCUGUAGGAGAAUGUGUGGCCUUUUAUUACAUGUGGAAGAAGUCUGAGCGUUAUGAUUUCUUUGCACAGCAAACCAGACUUGGAAAAAGGAAAUACAACCUUCACCCCGGUGUCACGGACUACAUGGACAGAUUACUGGAUGAGACAGAGAGCGUGACAUCCAGCAGGGCAGCAUCGCCCCCGCCCACCACCUCCAGCAGCAGCGCCAGCCACUCUGAGAGGGAAGACAGCAGCAGUCAGAACGGUGUUGCAGCUCAUCCAGGGGAGCCGUCUCAGUUGCCCGACACGAGUCAAGUCAAGCCUGAGAGCGUUCAGUCCAACGGUCCCUCUCAUCCAGAAGCAGACGCUCCUCCUUCGGUCCCAGACAGCAACUCUAACGGCUGCAGCCAAGUCGGCGCGGCCAACCACGACACAAACGGCUCUCUGGAGCUUCUGCUAGACCACAAAACCACACCAGCAGCAGCAGCAGCAGCAGCAGCGGCACAGGACAGACCAGCCAAAAGGUGCAGGACUGAGGCAGAGCCUUUGGGCCAAAGCGAGGUGGAUCCACCCAGAACACAUGAAGACUAGAGGCUUCCGGUCCGGCGUUGUUGACUAAAACACGCCGUUUUGGGGGCGACGGGGUUCGUUUUUUCCAGUUUCUCCAUAAAUGGCUAGUUUAGAGGAGCAGAGUGUGAGGAAGAUGAAGCUCUGUUGAGCUGUGAGCACAGAACCUCUUAAAAAAGUACUCACUUCAGGAAGUCCAAAGGUCGAUGGAAACCCUCGCCAACCAAAACCACCCGCCCCCCCACGCGACUGCCUGCUCCACAACAAAGAUCAUAUCCUAACAGACCCAUCUGCUCCAUUCCGAUUUUGGAGACUUGUCAAAAUUUUGCCAAGAAUUUUUCUUUUUUUUCUAUUUGUACUUAAAAAAAAAAACAAAUCAUCUGUGAUAUUUUUCUACACAAGAGAUAUUUAUAUUUUCUAACCAAAAAUAAAAAGAUCUAAUGGUCGGCUGUUGCUGUUCAAGCCAUGCGUUUGUUGUUGAUGGAGGGAGGGAGGAGCUGGCGCCGUCUCCGGCUCACUGUAGUUGCACUUUGAUUGUACGUUCCUCCCGGCUGAGGAGUGAAGCCGACAGAACUCUCUGCCACAGCGGCUGGUCUGAGCGCGCUGAAUAAGCCCACGGGUCCGUCCCCCUGCAGGUUUGUUUGUGAAAAGCAGCUGACAUCAGUGAUGUCCCUGUAUUAUCAUGUAGAUCUCUGUAUUUUUGAAUUCUUCAUAGUCGACGCUUUGCCUCAACGCUUUGUUUUCACCCGUCAGAAUGCUUGAGACCCCCCCCUCAUGUAAAGUUUGUAUAGACUUCUUAUUCUGCCAUUUAUUUCCUUUCCUCUCAAGUGGUCACGUUGCUUUUUUGUGUUCUUCCUUGUACGCCGCGCUUAUUUUUCCCCCUGACAAACCUGUUUCCUAAUUAUUUCCUGAUGGACGUAAUAAAAAAAGAAUUAGCCAUUCUUCUUU